AUGGCUUCACAAAAAUCCGGCCUAUCAGUCCCACCAACGCAGAAUACCGCGCCAGUGAUCAAAUUUCAAUGCCUCUUCACGCACGAUAUCAGGCGAAAAGCAAAGAGAUGGCAGGAUGGAUUCCUACGAUUCCAUACUUUCAACAAACGCGUCAUGGUCUAUGAUCCAUCCGGGAAUUUAGUCGGUGACUUACACUGGCGAGACCGUGACAUGCUACAGGAUGGAGAUGAGUUUGAGUUGGAGAGAGGCGUUCUAGUUCAGGCUGGGGAGCAGCUUGAGAGCACGGUGACUGAUUUGACGGGUCUGCUGGAGAAACGGAAGCCAUCACCUACCAAACCGACCUCGUUCCAAGUAUACCCAAGGAGCAGCAAUAACGAACGGUCGAAUGAGUUCAAAACACCUUAUCCAUCCAGUGGGCCAUCGAGUGGAAAGCUGAAGUCUUUAAACGAGGUCCUCGGGAUUAAGAAGAAUAAUACAUUGACAACUAAAGUAAUAAGGUCUCCAUAUGAAGUACGAGAACGGUUAAAUCGGAGUAUGCGCCAGCUUGAUGAGAGACCAGCCAAAAAGCGGAAGCCCUCUCCAGAAUGUGAUUUAGAAGAGCCACAGCCGCCACCGCCUUCGUCACCACCGGCACCACUAUCGAGGAGUUUUACACGUCCUACUGGGAUUUGUGUGGAGGAUCCCGUUAACAGCAACCGUUGCAAGGCUCCGGAUUCCGAAGUUCGAGCAUCUAGCCGGGUUAAAUAUUUGUAUAAUGGGGUAUCAAAAGAAAACCAAGCUGGCUUUUCAUCAGCCUUAGCUACCUCAUUCCGGCCUGCGAGUACAGUUGAAGCGGAGCCAGCCUCUACAAAAGGGCGUCGAAAAAAGUCUAGCGGUAAAGUGUCGGCUAAUCAGCAAUCUCUCACGAAUAUGUUUGGUAACUUGCCAACAACAACCCUUGAAGUUGCCCCAAGGAAACCUCGAAAUCGGCUUAUUUUCGUGGAUAGGAUUGCUGAACAACAAGCCAAGUCAAGGGAAAGGCAAAAAUUUGCUGACAGUGUAGCUCAGACCGCUGAAACAUCCAGGAAAACAGAAAUCUCCAACCUAUCGUCUGCCUUGAUGCCAAGGGACAAGAAUAUAACCUCAUAUCAAUCCACAGCACAGUUCCUUAAAGAUGAAGGCAAUGAUAAUGAGCUUCCUCUUGCCCCACAGCAAAAGGAAAUGAGCUUACUGGGGUUUUUCAAGCCAACUGCGGCAACUACUCAGCAAUAUGACAAUCAGCAUGAUGACAGAAGCGGUGCCGUGGCUGGGUCAAACCACUCUAGUCCUAAGCAGCAACCCGUAACUCUGCAGCGAAACUUUUCAGCUACAGAGACAGUCGCCGUAGAAACUGCAGAUUCUCCCCAACCUCCAGCUCCAGAAGUGGCCACGCUGCAAACCGGGCACAGUGAACAGAUAGAGCAGUCGGCGAUAAACGGGCCCUCAGAGAAAGCAGCAUCUGAUCCAUCCGCCUUGAAGCCACCUCAACCUGUGGCUAAGAAGCGGGUUGUUCAAACGAAGCUUUUUCCAGAUCGGCUACUGGGCCUACCGCCUGUGGAUGAGCCGGAGGAGGAAGUCCAACAAGGUCCCUGGACUUCCGAAGCACUGGACCUAUUCGACUGGUGGCCCCCGAACCGACCCAAGCCCGCCGCCGUAAGCAUUCCCUUGUAG